CUCUUAUGGAGAAGUUAAGAUUAUUUUAUAUUGCCCUUUUCACACAUUUUCAGUUCGCCAUACCGCAAGAACCUCCUCUAGCACCGGCCUUGUACGUCUUCGGAGAUUCAUUGCUCGACAACGGAAACAACAAUCUUCUCCCGACAUUUGCUAAAUCAAACUACUUUCCUUAUGGAGCCGAUUUUGCGGCUGGAGCCACUGGAAGAUUCACAAAUGGGAAAACAGUGGCUGAUUUCAUUGCUGAGUUUCUUGGUUUGCCAUUUCCUCCUCCUUACUUGAGUUUGCAAAGAUCAGUGCACAUCACAGAGAUGAACUAUGCAUCUGGAUCGUGCGGUAUUUUGCGCGAAACUGGCAAUGAUUUUGUAUCCAAACUUAUUAGUGAGCUAGCAGCAGUUGCAGCUGCAGAGAAAGGAAUACUCCUUAAAGAAGCUAUGGAGGAUACGAUAUGUGCCUACUCACGGGUAGUUGCCCGAUUCCCAGCAUCAGUCAAGGAGUUACAAAUUCCAAUGGAGGAAUGGCCGGUUCUAUUCGCUCUCACAGAAAGCACUUGCAGCCGGAAAGUCUGGGAAAAAGUUUGAGUAUAUCAGAACAAGUUGACAUGUUCAACCAAAGAAUGGGGAUGCAACUAUCAAGAUACUACAAGAGCACAAAGGAGCUUUCAGAUUACUUGUCAAACUCCAUUUUCCUCAUUGCUAUAGGGAGUAACGACUACAUUAACAACUACCUUCUUUCUAGCAUUUAUGAUACCAGUAGAAGUCACACUCCUCGAAACUUCGCUGAACUUCUUGUCAAUACACUCUCAAUUCAAUUCCAGAAGCUAUAUGGAUUAGGAGCAAGAAAAAUUGUGGUAUUUGAGAUUGGGCCAAUUGGUUGCCUUCCCUUGUUCAAGCGCCGAAAUGAGGGAUGUGGUGAUGAGUACAACCAGCUUGUAGUGAUGUUUAACGAGCAGCUUGAAGCCAUGUUGAAAAACUUGAGCACAACUCUCCAAGAUUCCCAAUUUAUACUCGGUCGUGCUCACUGGCUUGGCUAUGACGCCAUCAAAACUCCUUCUACAUACGGUUUGAUAGAUCCAAGUAAUCCUUGUUGCACAACAUGGAGGCAGGGGGCUUCAGGAUGCAUACCAGAAAUGAAGCCGUGUCCUGAUGUCGACAAACACUAUUUCUGGGAUGCCUAUCAUCCCACAGAAGCUUUUUAUAGGACCUUUGCGACGAUGUGUAUCAAUGGUACAUCUGUUUGCCUUCCAAAGAACAUAAAUGAUCUUGUUCGUGCCUGAAACUCACUCUCGUGGAAUCUUUUUCGAUCAAAAGACCAAAAGUUUUUGCAUGUAUAGUAUAAAUGUGAAUGUCUUUUUAUAUAUCUAUAUAUAGGAGUAUACAUAUUGGUUGAAUCAAUGAGUUGAAUUUGCUUCCCUUUUAUUUCCAUUCUCAGAGAUCUGUGGACCAUUCAUCUUUUACCUCCUCCCGGAUGAGUGACAAUGCU